AUGGCUAGUGGAGGAAGCAAACGCGAUCCUGCAUGGGAACAUGAUUUCCCAAUUGAAGGUAAUAAAAGUGGAACAAUAUGCAAAUAUUGUAAUCGCGUGAUGAAGACUGGUGGAGUAACACGAUUAAAAUACCACCUUAGUGGUAUUGAUCCUUCACAUAAUGUACAACCUUAUGGUCAAGUGCCUCCUGAAGUUAAAAAAUUCAUAAUAGAUUUGUUAAAAGGAAAACAACAACGUAAGAUCAAAAAAGCAAAUAGAAUCGAAGAGAUUUGUGCAGAUUUACGAGGACAACUGCAUGCUGAAACAUAUGAUGUGGAUGAUGAGGAUGAUGAUGACAUAGCAUAUCCAUCUGGAAUGGAUCCAUAUGAGAAAAAUGAUUAUCGAGAGGCAAUUCGUCCUUCUAAACAAUCAGAGUGGGAAAGAAGUCAUCUCCACAAAAUUCGAUAUCAAGCUGAAGGAGGCGAAUCUCGUAGUCGUGCUAAACCUGCAGUACAACGAACACAGACAAAUAAAGCAUCAUCCCAUCAUUUCAAGAAUUUGGUAGCAGGAUGCCAACAAGCAGGACCAGGUAUAGAACCUCCAACCCCUUAUAAGAUCAGCAUAAAAUAUUUGGAUAUGGAGUAUGAGGAGAUAAAAGACCAUGUAAACAAAAUUAAAGCGAAGUGGGAAACCUAUGGUUGUACAAUCAUGUGUGAUGGAUGGACAGGUCCCACCAGGAUGUCUAUUGUUAAUUUCAUGGUUUACUCAAAAGGAAGCACAGUUUUUCUAAAAUCUAUUGAUGCUUCAAAUCAAAUAAAGGAUCAUAAAUACAUAUAUGAGCAAUUGAAGAAAAUAAUUCUGGAAGUUGAGAAGAAAAAUGUGGUACAAAUUGUAACAGAUAAUGGCUCUGCAUUUGUUAAAUCUGGGAAGAAAUUGAUGGGAGAUUACAAUUUGUACUGGACUCUAUGUGCAGCACAUUGCAUUGAUCUCAUGUUUGAAGAUAUUGGGAAGAAUGAGAAUGCGGCUAUUGUGAUCAAGCAGGCUAGAACAAUCACAACUUACAUCUACAAUCAUAAUUGGUUGCUAGCAAAGAUGCGUGAAACUUGCAAAGGUGACAUCAUUCGUCCGAGACUUACAUGA